AUGCUUGGGCCGCCGCUUCGCAGCGGGGGGUUCUGGAGGGGCUCUUCUGUCCCUCCUUCUGCAGCAGGGGCAGCAGCAGCAGCAGGAACAGCAGCAACGCGGGGCUCCUCUGGUGCUACUACUGCUGCAGUGCGGCCCCGUGUACAGCAACUGAAGCACGAGGUGGUUACUGUGGCGGACCCCAAGACCUUCUUCUGCGAAGCUGCACUGCAGUACCACCACAAGCAGCACGGACUAGAGAAGCAGCUGGCCUUCCUUGACUCGGCUGCUGCUGCAGCAGUAGCAACUGCCGCCGACAGAAAUGCCCUUAUUGCUGCUCUGGAGACCAAAGGAAACAUAAUAGCCAUGCAGGAGCAGCAACCGUCCUCUCUUGCUGGCACGGCUACAACGGAAGAGCAGCAGCUGCUGCUGCAGCAGCAGCAGCGCCGGCAAGAGCUAUCGUUUCCAGCGCCGAUGCAGCAGCAGCAGCAGGCACAUGCAUGGCAGCAGCAGCAACAACGCCAGACAGUUCAGCAGGUGCAGCAGCAGGCACAGAUGCCACUGCAGCCCACCCAAACAACGCAACAGCAACAGCUGUUGACUCCGUCCCAGCAGCAUGAACCGACACACCAGAUUAAGUCGCAGCCGAAACAAUAUCAGCUCCAAAUGCAGCAACAGCACCAGCAGAUUCAGCAGCCGCAGAUGAUGCAGACGCUUCCGCAACAACCACUGCAACACGUGGUGCGGCAGCAGCAGCCUGCAGCUGUAGCUUGGCCACCUGCGGCGUCAGCAGAUGCAACUGCCGCUGCUGCUGUCAGUAAUGCUGCCCCCAGUAAUGCUGCUGCUGCUGCCGCCCGUGUGCCCGCCGUUGUUACAGCAGCACGGGAGCCGCUGCAGCUGCAACGCUCUUUGAGUGGGGAGGAGCAGCAGCAGCACCAGAAGCUGCAGCAGCAUCUGCAGCAGCAGCCUCAGGAGGAGGAAGAUGAUAACCUCGAUGAUUUUCUCUAG